CAAAGCAGGGCAUUUCGACGGAAAUGGCCGACGACUUGAUCGAUUUCAACGUGAUCGAGGCUCAGAAGGAGAACAUCCAGGCCCUCCCCUCGGGACGCUCCGCAAAGGCCCUCGCACAACUCUACUCGCCUCCACUGCUGGGCGCGAAUCCAUCACCCAACGACCAACACUCAGAGAGAAGAGCAGAGUUCGAAAGAGAACUCGCCAAUAUUGACGAAGCCGACGACCCUCUCGAUGUGUACGGCCGAUACGUGAAAUGGACUCUGGACACAUACCCUUCCGCGCAAGCAACACCACAGUCGCGUUUACUGCCUCUGCUCGAGCGCGCCACAAAGACCUUCCAGUCAUCAAAAGAAUACAAGAACGACCCGCGAUAUCUGAAACUGUGGCUUCACUACAUUCGCCUCUUCCACGAUGCGCCGCGCGAAGUUUUCGUGUUUCUCGCGCGACACGGAAUCGGCGAGAACCUCGCGCUCUACUACGAAGAAUUCGCGGCAUGGCUGGAGAAUGCCGGAAGGUGGAAUCAAGCAGAAGAGAUAUACAAGCUUGGCAUUGAGAAGGAAGCACGCCCGACCGAGCGCCUGAUGCGCAAGUUCGGCGAGUUCGAGCGCAGGAAAGACGCGCGACCACAAGAUGCCGCGGAGCCCUCAAGUCCAGCUCUACCAGUGGCACGACCAGCAUUGGCAGCCAAACUUGAUCCAUUCUCCGAAUCCUCCUCCCCAGCUCAGCAGGCGCAACCCACAGGAACGAAGAAACCGAAGAGCUCGAAGAUGGCCAUCUUCACAGAUGACGGCGAGGAAUCGAGACCUGCAUCAGGUAGCAGCUCGAAAGGUUGGGAUAGUAUAGGAACUUUGGCAGAUCGCAAAAAGGAGAACACGCGAGAAGCUAAGCCGUGGGCUGGUGAGACAUUGAAGACUGGCAAGACAAAUGGAGGAAUGCAGAAGAUGAUGAUUUUCAAGGACCAGUCAUCGAGUAGUAAUCAUGGCGAGCAAUGCGUCUUUAAUGACAAGACUGGUAUAAUGGAGUGUGUCUAUGUGAAUUUGGAGGCCCUCUAUCCUGUGCCUGGGAACCUUUCCGUCGAAUACUGCUUCGAAGAGCUGAGAGCACGGAAUCGAGGCUGGCUCAAUAAGGGCGCGAAGGAAGUUGUGGAAGAGAAGAAAGAAAUGCUGACCACAAAUGAUUCAUUCUCCAUCCAUUUGGACACCCCUAAACAACCUGAGGUGCAAGAGAAUCCAGAAGACAUGAUUUCAAAUGGAUCACCGCAAGUAACGAAACCUAAGGACCGCGGCUUCAAGAUUUUCGAAGACGCCGAGUCGAUACUUGCACCACAGCCACGAAAAGGACGCGAGGAGAAGAUUUCCAUCGAAACCUCAGUCAAGACUCUCUCACUCAACGACGAGAAUGACGAGAAUACGCCACCAUCCAAGCAGGAGAUUGACUUGGCGAAGAAGCUGCGGCGGGAAGAACGACAAAAUCGUACUCGCAAGAUCAAAGUGAUGAAGGAGAAGCACAUCAAGAACGAGACUCAGACAAUCAAACUCAACAUGGACUCGCCUCAAUCCAAGCCGAAGCGUCGCAAGUCUGUCGCGCCUGAGCCAACCAUGACCAUCGCCACCAAGGAAGCCAUGGAAGAGAUUUAUGGCAUUUUCAAUCAGCCACUUCAAGCACAGCAGACACAGGAAGACCAAUCAUCUGACGAGAGCUCUGAAGAGGAGGACGAUUACACUACUGACGGUGAGAGUACUGCUACCGGCAAGCUUUCAGCGGCUGCAAGUGAGUAUGGGGACGAGACUAGAGCAGAGCUUCUAGUUGCCGAGCAAAGUGAGGCAGAAGCAGAUCGGACGGACGCCUCCGCAUGGUCAGACUUUACCUCAAGUAAACAUGUGCCCAAAGACGAUACCGAAAGUGGGACGACAUCAGCUCAGACUACUACUCGAGAAGGUUUCUCAGAUCAGCCUACUGAUGAGAACGAAGACGUCUCUACGCCGGUUGACGAGAACCCGCGAACAGAAUAUGUGCCAUUGCAACCAGAAGACUAUGAGCCUCCUCUGGUGCAUAUGCGCGAUAUGCACAUAAUCCCCAACCAUCGCCUCCCAUUCAUGACUCCCAUCGCAGAACAGACAGAAUCGUCACUCGGUGGCGCCACCCAACGUUCAGAAAAGGACUUCUUUGGCGCGAAGACUCCUAGCAGGAAGAAUGGCAUGCCUGAGGACUUCGACGAGGAUGACGAGCUAUUGAGCAGUCCUUUCGACGACAUUACGUCCGAUCUGCCACCGAUCCGAACCAAGAGCACGAAAGGGAUGCUGAAGCUUGGCCAAGGCUACUACGAAGAUCUCGACAUCUCUUUGGAAAAGACGACCGAGAUCAAGAAGUGGAUCAAGUCGCAGGCGAAGCUGAAAACCAGCCAGAGUCAGAGUCAGGAGAAGCUUGUCUCCAUCCCUCCCAUAAUCGAGCUCCCUCACGCACAAGGCUGCUACACGGUCAAACGAGAGCUCGGAGCCGGUACUUUCGCUCCUGUGUACUUGAUCGAGAACAGUUCCGCGACAGUCUCGCAUGAAGAAGAACUUCUACUCCUCGAUGAAAAUGCACCCCCCGCAUCGAAGCUCGGAAAAGCGACCCACCGCAAACCGCUCGAAGCCAUCAAGAUGGAAGACCCGCCUUCGACUUGGGAAUUCUACAUGCUACGCGCCACACACCACCGUCUCGGCGUUUCCCGCGCCGCAGAAUCCAUCGUCCGCGCCCACGAAAUGCAUCUCUUCCGCGACGAAUGCUUCCUAGUCGAAGAAUUCCGCGACCAAGGCACGCUCCUCGACCUCGUCAACAUCGCGCGCCUCGACUCAGGCAACGGCGGCGGCAUGGACGAAAUGCUCGCCAUGUUCUUCACCAUCGAACUCCUCCGCGUCACCGAAGCCCUACAUUCCAACUCCCUGAUCCACGGCGACCUCAAAGCCGACAACAUCCUCAUCCGCUUCGACGACCCCUCCCUCGAAACCGACUGGAACGCAACCUACUUCCCCUCGGGCGCCCACGGCUGGUCCAGCAAAGGCAUCACCCUCAUCGAUUUCGGCCGCGGCAUCGAUAUGAAGAAUUUCGUUCCGGAUGUAGGUUUCAUCGCCGACUGGAAAACUUCGGAGGCCGAUUGUCCCGAAAUGCGGGAGUUGAGGCCUUGGACUUAUCAGAUUGAUUACUUCGGUUUGGCGGGGAUUGUGCAUUCGCUGCUUUUUGGGAGGUAUAUGGAGGUUUUGGCGGCGGAGAAGAAGGAUGGGUCGUCGUCGUUGGGUGGUGCGAGGAAAUGUUAUCGGAUUCGUGAGGCGUUGAAACGGUAUUGGCAGACGGAGAUUUGGGCGGAGCUUUUUUCUGUGUUGUUGAAUCCUGUCGCCCAGGAGGAGGGGGUGGGUACGAUGCCGAUUUGUAAUUCUUUAAAGUCUUGUCGUGAGAGGAUGGAGGGUUGGUUGGAAGAGAAUUGUGAGAGGGGGGUGGGACUUAAGGGGAUGAUUUUGAGGAUGGAGGGGGCGAUCAGAGAGAGGAAGAGGAAGGGGGGUGCGGGUGGGGGGAAGGCUUAGGUGGCUUUUGUGAGGAGGAGGACGAGGAGGCAUUGAUGCAUGCGGGCGUUUGGGAGGUAUAUAUACCCUUGGGUUCGUCUUUCGUAAUCGUGGAAUCCCUUGCUUGCUUGUAUGAAGGGGCCUUCUCGCACGGGCACACGGUAGAAAGAGCUGGAAAAAUCAAAAUUCUAAUACGGCUUUAUUUAUAUAUCACUGAAUCAUACAUAAUGAGGAUCUUACAUGU